UGCCAUUUGACUGCUCUGGGAUUCAUACAAUCAUUUAAACAUAUGAGACAAUGUUGGGUGUGGUUAUAGAUACCUAAAAAUUAUUUUUUUACUAUUUUAUUAAAUUAAAAAAUAUUUAUUUAUUUACUAAAUGGGUAACCAAGUGUCCAGUUGUAGUAAUGAGUGUGUGUCAGGAAAGUUGCGACAAAAACAAGAUAACAAUAAUGUGCUGAAAGUUGGUGUUAUGAAAGAGGAUGAUAUCAUAUUGAAAGUCAAUGCCGACAAUAGACAAGUGCACAAUACAUGUGUUAUUACUCAACCCCUAUGGAGACAUUCGGUACAAUCCAUCGAUUUUAGACCAAUUAAUAAUUUUAGAAAAUUAGGUGAAAGAAAAUCCGGUAUUAAAAUCCCGGGUCAGGUGCAGGACUACUAUGAGAUUCGUGAUAAAUGUCUGAGAGAUGGUAUCCUCUUCGAAGACGAUGCCUUUCCUGCCAACGAUUCGUCCUUUUAUAUGUCUUCAGGAAGAGGAAGGCGUUCCUUCCAAUGGAUUCGACCGACUGAACUGUCAAACGAUCCCAAGUUUAUAUCCGAUGGUGCUUUACGUUUUGAUGUAAUGCAAGGUGAACUGGGCAAUUGUUGGCUAUUGGCAGCUAUCGCUAAUCUGACACUAAACGAGAAGCUCUUCCACCGGGUUGUGCCACACGACCAGACAUUUGACAAACCGGAAUACGCAGGCAUAUUUCACUUCCGUUUUUGGCAAUACGGCAAUUGGGUAGACGUUGUCGUCGAUGAUAGACUUCCCACUAUUAAUGGAAAACUAAUGCUUAUGCAUUCAAAAGACAAACACGAAUUCUGGAGUGCUUUGGUCGAGAAGGCGUACGCAAAACUUCACGGUUCAUAUGAAGCACUUAAAGGUGGAACCACUUGUGAGGCAAUGGAAGACUUUACCGGUGGUCUGACUGAACAUUUCGAUUUGCAAUCAAACGAUUGUCCGCCAAAUCUACUUAAUGUUAUGCUUAAGGCUUGCGAACGGAUAUCAUUUCAGGGCUGUUCUAUUGAAGCAUUGGACGCAUCGCAGAUGGAGGCAGAGAUGUCUAAUGGUUUAAUUCGAGGACAUGCCUACUCAGUAACUGGAGUAAAGUUGGUUCAAUUAAGUACGCAUAAAGUUCAGGGAAAGAUACCAUUGGUUCGGGUGAGAAAUCCAUGGGGUAAUGAAGCCGAAUGGAAAGGACCCUGGAGUGAUAAAUCACGGGAGUGGACAGUGGUUCCCGAAUACGAGAAAAAACAAUUGGGACUCACUUUCGAUGCCGACGGAGAGUUUUGGAUGGCAUUCAAGGAUUUCAAAGAAAACUUUACUCGACUUGAGAUAACAAGUGUAUCACCGGAUUCACUACAAGAUGACGAAAAGCGUCGUUGGGAAGUGUCAUACUUUGAGGGAUCAUGGAUUAGAGGCAUAAGUGCUGGUGGAUGUCGAAACCAUUUGCAGACAUUUCAUUUGAAUCCUCAGUAUUUGAUAACACUAGAAGAUCCGGAUGAAAAUGACGAUGAAGAUGCCUGCACUUGUGUUGUGGCACUCAUGCAAAAGAAUCACCGUUUGAAACGAAAGAUGGGUUUAGACAGUCUUACCAUUGGAUUUGCUAUCUAUGAGGUCAAAGACGGACACUUUGUUACCGAUGGACCAAAAUAUGAGUCGAAAUUUAAACCACAGAGAGAACAAGUAUUGACAACUGAAUACUUUAAAUACAAUGCAUCGGUGGCUAAAUCGCCCACUUUUAUCAAUUUGAGAGAAGUGAACGGAAGAUUUAAACUGAAACCAGGCAAAUAUUGUAUCAUUCCGUCGACCUUUGAUCCCGGAGAAGAAGGAGAGUUUCUCAUCCGAUUCUUUACAGAAAAGCCUCCCAAAGAUAUUCACGAAAGCGAUGAAGACAUCGGAUUAGUCGAUGACAAAAACGCCGGCAAAACCAACGGAGUUACCGAUAAUCUGGUCGGAGAUAAUGAGCCUAAAGAGCCGGAACCGACCGCUAAUGUUGCAAACACUGACAAUAAUGUUGAUGUGAUUCAAACUGUUUUGACAAUUAUUAAUUUAUUCUCCAAUUGUUGGAGAGUUAUUCAAAAUGCAGAAGUGACUGAAGAAGUAACUGAAAGAAGAGCCAAACAAUCGGAAUCACAGAUAACCUCAUUCUUUGCCAAAUUGGCCGGUGAAGACAUGGAAGUGGAUGCCAUUGAAUUGCAAGAGAUAAUGAAUCACGCGUUGAAAAAAGAGUUCAAAUUUGAUGGAUUUUCACUCGAGUCGUGUAGAUCUAUGAUAGCUAUGCUGGACGAGGACAGGACGGGCAAACUUGGUAUGAAUGAGUUCAGUCAACUUUGGCGAAACAUCCGCCAGUGGUGUACUAUAUUCAAGAAACACGACACCGAUUCCAGUAAUACUAUAUCUGCCACUGAGCUGAGGUCAGCCUAUCGCGAGGUCGGACUGAAUGUGAACCGUCGUAUUCUCGAAAUUCUGAUAUUCAGAUACGGUAUCAUAAGUUCGGGCAAUAAAAAAGAAAAAAAUACUGAAAAAUCGCUAACAUUUGACGAUUUUAUACAUUCGUCGAUGAAAUUGAAACACGCGAUCGACAUCUGGACCGCUAAAAACAAACAGCCGACAAGCGGUGGUCAGUCACCCAGUGGUGGACGAGUGCUGCCGUUUGGCAACACUGGUUACAACACAUCCAACAUCGGUAACAAAAACAUCGCCUUAAAUACUAAUUCUUCGUUUACUCUCGAAGAGUUUGUCGAAAGAAUCUUAUAUUGUUAAACACAAUCGCCAAUAGAUUUGUCUUUAAACUUAUUUUGCUUCAAAGUUACUCAAUAUACUGUAAAUAUAUACUGUAUAUAAAUCAGUAUAUAUACAGUACAUUGUAUUAAAAUCUGCCUCAAGUUUAUGUGAAUAAUAUACAGCAAGUAU